AUGCCUCGUCAAUCCCGCGGUUCAGCUCCUCCCCGCCGGCCCGUCGCCGCGCCCGCAAGGCCAAAUGUUACGCCUCCCCAGCAGCCGCAAGCCCGGCCUGCGACGACCGCUGCUCGCCCACCUGCCCAGGCGCAGGCACCUCACCCACCAGCUCAGGCACAAGGCCAGAGCCCGGGACUAUUUGGCCAGAUGGCCAGCACCGCUGCCGGUGUCGCAGUCGGCUCCUCAAUCGGCCACGCCAUAGGCGGCUUCUUCGGCGGCGGCUCCUCCGCGCCGGCUGAGGCCCAGCAGACCAACGCCUCCGCCACCGGCGACAACAGCUACAACGAGCCGGCACGCUGUGCGACAGACGUCAACAACUUCAAGAACUGCAUGAACGAGAACCAGGGCGACCUGACUAUCUGCGGGUGGUAUCUGGAUCAGCUGAAGGCGUGCCAGGCGGCGGCGAGGGGGUAUUAG